CUACAACGACCGGCGAGCACUGUGCAGGCCGGAAAUAGAACCGUCUCUUCCGGCGGGAGGCUAAACGCGGUCGGUCGGAGCUGAAGGCGGCGAAGGGACAUCGGGCAACAUGAGUCUGCUGAACAAGCCCAAGAGUGAGAUGACUCCCGAGGAGCUUCAGAAGCGAGAGGAGGAAGAGUUUAACACAGGACCGCUCUCAGUUCUGACGCAGUCUGUCAAAAAUAACACGCAGGUCCUCAUCAACUGUCGCAACAACAAGAAGCUGCUCGGCAGAGUCAAGGCCUUUGACAGACACUGCAACAUGGUGUUAGAAAACGUCAAAGAGAUGUGGACCGAAGUGCCCAAGAGUGGGAAAGGCAAGAAGAAGUCAAAACCGGUCAACAAGGACCGAUACAUUUCUAAGAUGUUCCUCCGAGGGGACUCUGUGAUUGUCGUACUUAGAAACCCAUUAAUUACUGGCAAAUAAAAUGCCCCUUUCUGUGAGAGUUGUAACUUAUAGUGUCUCUAAGAAAACAUCAUCUACAUAAAACAUGGUUCUUUUUUGUUUCUUAUGUCACUUUGGCAACAUUUUUGAUAAUCUGCUGAAUUUACUUUGUAAUAAAAUUCCAUUUUUGACGUACGUACUUUUGUUUUAGCUCAAGCAUAAUUUUGUCAGAUGCCAGGAACUACAUUCUUGAUAAUCUGUUGAAUUUACUUUGUAAUAAAAUUCCAUUUUUGACAUACGUA